AUGGCCGGAUUCCUGAUCCCGCCGUGGUACAAAUCCUUUUGGUACUUCUUGACGUUGAUCAUUUUCUGGACCAUCAAGACACAAUGCCUUAUGCAAAUUCUUACGAACCGGAUUUCCCUCAUCCUCUACAACCCUGAGAAGGCCAGGAAGCUCAAGCUCUACAUCUUCCUGGCCAUCGGCGUCAUCAAUGUCAGCGUCUUCAUUGUCUGGAUCCCCGCCCGCCUCCAGCUGAGCGAGAAGUGGAUCCGCGUCCUGCUCAUAGGUUCAAUGUCUCUCCCCGACGACGUCCUUUACGUCCAAGUCCACCCCCUAGCUUACAUGACCAAACUUUACAUCGAGAUGAACAUUGCCGAAUUCCUCGGCAAGAUCCUCAAGCAACCGAAUCGUCGACACAACUCCUUUUCUCUGUCGAACGACUGCCACAAUCCCACUACGCGUAAUGGCCGGCGUCCUGAUAUCGAAGCGACCGGCAACCCGAUUUCCAACCGCGAAUGGCGGAACUCAAAACACCAAUUUCACGUCAAGCCAUCUGGCGGGCAGAUGCACCCGCUCAACAUGGAUCUGUUGACAGGCGGGGAGAAGAGCCAUGAUCGUACAAACAAGUGGGGUAGGACUCAUGGGGCUGGAUUGUACGACGUCUGUGCGGAAAAGGAGGACGAAGUAGGAGAGCCAUCGACACCAAGCGAAGUUCAUGUCAAAGAUUCGUCAUGGCCGAUGAUGGAGGUCAAGAGGCGAUCAAGCAGUUCCGAAGAGAUGAGGCAGCCGAGGAGGGUUCGACCUGGGAUGCAGCGCGCAGAGACUUCUGCCGGGUACGACGAUGGGGACGACAACAGCCGUGAUACUACUGGUGAUGGGUGGCGUGCCAACCGUUGCCUUUCACAGGACCAUCGGAGUUCAAGGCACAAGCGGGAUAGUGGUGUGGAAACAGACAUGGAUACCUCUACUGAUGGACUGAUGCAAGGAGCGAUCCCGCCGACAAAAACCUACAGUGACCAUGAGGAGGGGAGAUGA